AAAGUUUCAUUUGUUUUAAACACGUUUAACGUAAAACAACCAAGACAACGUGUAAAAAUCGAAUAAUUUUAUUUUACCAAUAAAAAAAGUUAAACAUUUUUGGUGUUUUACCCCAAAAAAAAGUGAACGGAUAUAAACAAUCAGUGAAAAACAAAAAUUUUUUUGUUUACAAAGCUCCCUUCCAAACCAAAUUUAUUUAGAAAUACAAAACAAAUCUUAAAGAUGUUUGAAAACUCUAAAUCUAAGAUCUUGUUAGUGGCGUCAGUGCUAACCAGUUUUCUAACAUUGACUCAUGCUCUACACAGCUUUCCCAAAUUGUGUGAAGUGCGUAAUUUCGAUGAGUUUCAACAGCAAACGGGCAAAGUCUAUAAAGAUGAAAAAGAGAAACAAUUCAGAGAGUCUAUAUUUAUGGGCACGAAAGCAGUGGUGGAUAUGGGUAAUAAAUAUGCAGCUUUGGGUUUGAGUUCUUUUCACAUGAACCUAAAUAUAUUGGCCGAUUUGACUCACAAGGAGGUGGGCAAGUUAUUAGGUUCGAAGAUCACCUUUACGGGAGAAGAAAUCACUUCGAAACAUGUUAAUUUUGUUACCGCCAAAACGAACACACAAAAUUUACCCGAUCAUUUUGAUUGGCGUGAAUUGGGUGGUGUUACCCCAGCCGGUUUUCAAGGUUUAGAUUGUGGUUCUUGCUGGUCCUUUGCCACCAUAGGUGCUUUGGAGGGUCAUCUGUUUAGACGUACUGGUCUAUUGAUCCCCCUGUCUGAACAGAAUUUGGUGGAUUGUGCCGAAGAUUAUGGCAGCAUGGGUUGCGACGGUGGUUUCCAAGAAUAUGGUUUUGAAUACAUACGUGAUCAUGGUGUCUCUUUGGAGGCUAAAUAUCCCUAUACCGAAAUGGAAAAUGCCCAAUGUGGCCGUAAUGAAACCUAUGAUAAGGGAGUAUUUAUAAGAGAUUAUGCUCGCAUUAAGCCGGGUGACGAGGAGAAAAUGAAAGAAGUUAUUGCUACUUUGGGCCCCAUAGCUUGUUCCAUUAAUGCUGAUCUCAUCUCCUUCGGGCAAUACAGUGGUGGUAUUUUUGAUGAUGAUGCCUGUAAUCAGGGUGAAGUUAAUCAUUCGGUUGUGGUUGUGGGUUAUGGUACCGAAAAUGGACGUGAUUAUUGGAUCAUCAAGAAUUCGUAUUCUUCUAAUUGGGGAGAGAAUGGUUUUAUGAAACUCCCACGUAAUGAGAAUAGUUUUUGUGGCGUGGCUAGUGAAUGUAGUUAUCCCCUACUGUAAAUGUUGCUUUGUAGUAUAUUAUAAUUGUUUUAUUAAACAAAAUUAAUUUUAAGUUUUAAGACAAAUUGUUGUUUUUGUUAUAGUAAUUAUUUAAAUUUAAAAAGUUUAGAAAAAUUGUAUACGAAUGGAAUAAAUGAAUAAAU